AUACGAUAUGUAGAACCCAGUAAACCACCAUGGUCAUUCAGAUGAGCACAGGAAGUACGUUCAAUGCACAAGCGACAAGCAGAGACACGAAUGCCCAAUGUAAUACAGAACCACGUAUCCUGUAAUCUGUGGCAGCCGUAGACACCAGGUCGGAACAUCUCAGGGGAGACAUCACUUCCUGUUUACAGACAGACGCUGUCCUCAUGGAGUGUCCCGUGUGCUUGGAUUCCUUCACUCUCCCCGUCGUGCUACCUUGUGGACAUACCCUUUGUCGGGACUCCUGUGCCCACGGGUUGAUCCGUGAUGACCGUCUUAAGUGCCCCACUUGUCGGACUGACCACUGGGUUCCCGAGGGGGUGGAGAAUCUUCCCAGGAACUAUGCUCUCCAGGAGUUCUUGGAGCAGCCUGGAGAGGGGUCGACUGAGGAUGGACCGACAGAGAGUAGUCCUUUCUGUGUGGACCACGCAGACGUCAAUGUCAGCAUGCUGUGUGUCCAGUGUUACCAGCCCGUCUGUGUGAGGUGCUGUCUGGCCACACCUGGAGGGGAUCCCCCUAAACACUUCCAGCACGCGGUGAUUCCUGGGCAAAACGCCUCAGAAUACAUACAGUCUGUUUCGGUUUGGAUCACUGAGUACCUCCAGUCCCGCCGGGAGGAGGAACUCUCGCGCUUUGACAGCCUCUCAGAAGCCACAGUUAGCCAACAGCAUUUGUUGAAGACAGGGCGUUCCUGUAUACAAAAGGAAAAGAAAAGGUUGAAGCGCCUUCGUGACCACAGAAGUCAGCAUCUGAUAGGUCAGUUGCAGACUGUGGUGGCUUCAUCAGAUCUUCCCAACCAAUCCGAAGCCGUGUUACAAAGAAUUCUUGAAUAUGAUUCGCUUGAAGAUCAGUGCCAAGCAUUAUUACAAAUGGAAGAGAAUGACAGCGAGGCAAAAGUUUGGCAGAAAUGUGAAGAUUUUAAAAGAUUAUUACAACGACUUGAUAGUCUGCCAUCCACGAAUGACCAACCCAUAUCCCACCAAGUCCUUUCCGCCGGGAACUUUGUACUGAACACCGAUCCUUUGAAGUUUGCUCUCACUCUGGAUUUAGAGCCACCAUCACCGCCUCAAUUUUCUCCGGAGGACUGUGUGUUUGGCGACUCAUCUGCCGCCAUUGCUUGGUUGUUUUCACCCGAAGAUCACGUGACUUACUUCACUAUUUAUUACGAGACAGCCAUCUAUUGCAACGGAAUGUGUAAUGAUCGUCAGUCAUUCGAUGUGGCGGACUUUGGCCAAUCAAAAGCUCAGACUACAAUCCGCGGCCUUCAGCGUCACCAUAGAUACCGCCUGUACGUCAUUGCCAGGAACAAUGCUGGUCCCAGCCAGAGGUCACAUUUGUUGUAUUUUAAAACAGGCAACGGGGAUAGUGAUGUGAAAAUAAUCUAACCCCUACAUAUCCCACAAUUAAUUUGCAUUACCUGUCCAGGUCUCAUGUGUGAUUUAUGUUGUUUAAUACAGACAUUCC